AUGCGCCUGCAGUACGCAAAGCUCAAGGUUGAGCAUGGAUGGGUACGCGGGCUGCGCCCUGUCGUACCUACAAAAACUGUCCCUCUACUGUCUACGAAUCCACUCCCUCCCACCGCACCCGUCCUAGAACCUCCCGAACCUGUGGUGGUCGAUGAGGUAUCACAACAGGUCAUCAAUAACCAAGCACCUCCCAUAGAUACUUCCCGAGGGCACACGUCUCCGCAUGAUUCUCCUGUUAAAUUAACGACGACUCCCGUGCAAAACUCGUUUACCGACACCACCUCAAAAUCUGCAUCACACACACUACAGACCCUCCCUGAGAAGGCCGCCCUUUCAGGAACCGACUCAGAGACAGUAGCCCCUCCGUACAGCCCCCUCGAUUUUAGCGACCCAGUAGCUAUGGCUCCGUCACACAGCCAAACACCAACACAGAUUCAAACGCACAUACAAUCCCAGCCAUACAACCCAUACAUGCCCCUCAAUCGACAGUUCUCCCAACCCCAACCCAAUCCCUUCAUGCCCCAACCCCUUCCCCAAUAUUCCUUCACCCAAUCCUAUCACGCAACCUCGCUCCAAAAUCAGUCCAAUCCACAAAUAUCUCAUUCGCAGCCCAGUGCUAACUCGCAACCUUCGUUUGGGAAUGGGAAUGGGAACGGGAGCGGCCCGCUGACAUAUGACAGCUUCUGGUCUACACAUGCCAGCGCAGGAUCACUGUACCGCACCCACGGAGGUUUCACAGCGAGCGCCACGCCAACUGGUCACGUCGCGAUGAUCACUCCUGGCGGGCAUGCGGCUGUGAUGACAGCCGAGGGGGUGUAUGUCGGUACUGCGGGGUAUACGGGCCGCGUCAGCGGGUAG